UAUGGUGAAACGACACGUAAAAUGUAUUUCUAACAAGUCCUUGGAGGAAGGAGAGUUAUGGUGUAUUUUAGGUCUGAUAAAGAAAUGGCAAUUCUGGAUGAAAUUGCAGGGAAUGGGGUGAGGGUUUUUCUAGUGUGGUGUGUAGGAAUAACAACCGUCAUAUUCAUUUGGGCUUUGCAGAGUCGGAUGCGAUCGAGAUUUAGAGGUGCGCCGGUAUGGCCGGUUCUGGGCGUGCUUCCCUCAUUGCUUUUUCACUUGGGCCACCUUUACGACUGGCUUACGCAUCUCGCUAUCGUUAACGGUGGCACAUUCAAGCUUCUGGGCCCUUGGAAAUGCCGGAUUUUUACGGCCGACCCUGCAAACAUAGAUUACCUGUUGAGAACGAGGUACUACAAUUUCGGCAAAGGUGAGACUUUCAAAGAAUCGUUCCGCGACAUGUUCGGUGAUUCAAUUGUAGUGCAAGACGGGGAUGCUUUCAAGCGUCUCAGUGUGUCUGUCGGCAAAGCGCUCUCUUCGCCUGCCUUCCGCGACUUUGUGUCUGCCCUCCUGCCGGCCGUGAUGCAGCACAAUCUUCUUCCUGUUUUCACCCACGCCUGUGAAAAUGCCGCCAUUAUCGACCUGCAAGACGUGUUCCACCGGCUGGCUUGUUAUAACGUCUGUCUCUUCGGUGCAGCUGUGCAACUUGAUUGCCUCAAACCGGGUCUGCCCAAAUUUCCCUUCAUAGAGGCCUUCGAAGAGGCAUUACAGUCGCUCAUGUUUCGCCUCCUCAUGCCCCCCUUUUGGUGGAAAAUUUUGAGGUUUUUUAACGUUUUGUCUGAGCGCCGACUUAUCAAAGCCAGAGACUUUAUCUAUGGCUACUCUAUUGAAGCAUGGCAAUCUCGCGGUAAUCAGGACAGCUCUCCUGAGGCUAACAUCGCCUCGGCCUUCUUUCGGUACGAGGGGGAAAGCGGGCGCUUUUAUUCCGACCAAAGAGUGCAUGAGUUAUUCGUGAAUCUCAUUUUAGCAGGUAAAGACACGAUCAUGGCGGGGCUCACAUGGUUCUUCUGGCUGGUAGCGAGGCAUCCCCUUGUUGAAGCUCAGAUUUUAGCAGAGCUCCGAGAGAUUGUAAACCAGAGGAAGAGUCCUGACGAUCAGGACCCGUUUUGUUUUAGCUUUGAAGAAGUAAAGCGGAUGGAUUACCUGCAUGCAGCAGUGACGGAGUCUCUCCGGCUGUACCCACCUAUUCCCAUUAACUACCUGCACGCAGCGGAAGACGAUGUUCUGCCCGACGGCACGCCCGUGGAGAAAGGCGCGCAGGUUUUGUACUCGAUUUACUCUUCGGGCAGAUUGGAGAGCGUUUGGGGCAAGGACUGCCUGGAAUUCAAGCCGGAAAGGUGGAUGAAGAACGGUAGGUUUGUGAGGCAAUCUGAUUUCAAGCUGGUAGUGUUCAACGGAGGACCUCGGCGCUGUACGGGCAUAGAAUUUGCGUACUGGCAGAUGAAGUGGGCUGCGGCUUCCAUUCUUAUUCGUUAUCGGGUUAAGAUUGUUGAUAAGCAUCCUGUGCUUCCUAAAAUUGGGCUCACGCUUUUCAUGAAGUAUGGUUUGCUAGCUACAGUUCACCAAAGGGAAAUGGCAGAUGAUGAGAGUAGCAAAUAAUCUGGCAAGCUAGCGAAGCAUACCACCUAAGCUUCUAUGGCAACUGUAGCAGACGCUGUUCCGUAUUUUGUUUACAUGAGGCCUUCAUUAAGACCUGCUUAAUUAUGUUAUAUUAUAUAAAUAAAAUUUCAGUAGC